AUGGCGGAGUUGUGGACAUUGAAGCGCCUGGCUACACCCAUCCAGCAUCCAGACUACAACGACGAGAUCAGACAGGAGCAACUGAGAGAGCUAUCCCUGUUGAACGGCUCUGACGAGUCGAGCAGAGGGAGGAGCGCGCAGGCGAGGAGUGUGCGACCCACAACGACAACAAUAUCCACACGAGGCCAGAGAGGUGCAGGAAGGAGCGCAGCAGCACCUCGGGGGACAGCGACGGCGGCGCACAGCAAACUUCCAUCGACGGUUGUGACGAGGGAGGUGCAAGCUCCCCGAGCCAGGGGGACGGCAGCGAGCGGCGGAUACAGACCCCCGCUGUUAGCAGUCACACACGAAUCAUACGACGACUACGGCUACGAUGAUGGGUACGACGGAGAAUACGAUGACGAGAGUUACGAAACCUAUGAGGAUAACUACAACAGUCAGUCAAAGAGCAUUUCAGGAUAUUAUGAAUACGGACACGGAACCAGUGAUGAAUCCUACAACAAUUAUGAGGAGGACUGGGCGACCACCAGGCCAAGUCUCAAAGCCCCCGUUUUACGGCUGACGAGAGGGGGCUACAGGAAACACCCGUACGGCAGAUACUGA